CCUUAUCUAAUCAGGCCAUACUCCAAACACCCCAAACAUCGGGGCCAUGAUCUGAGCACCCACCGCCUAGUCUAGAACAUGGUGUCUCCGAUCCUUGAACUAAACACUCGAUCUCUACGCAUGACCUCACCUUAAGGGGCAGGACCGCAGGACAGAUAAUUUAUACCCUCGCACAAUUUUAAUAGAUCCUACAUCCAUUUCCUAGAUCACUACCUUAUAAGCCGCUGUCUCUUCCUAUCCCUAAAUUUCCCCCAUUUGUUUUUUAAAGAUACCCCUCAACACAACCCUACGGCUGUCAAUAAGGGAGAUCGUAACUCCUAAAUAAUUAUUAUAUUUCGAACCUAUAAACCUACGAUCCUCUUAUUUGUGAACUCUUCGGGCCGACCAAAAUCUACUUAAUUUACUACUUCAAAUAUUUUCAUCAUGCCCAGAGGACGAAGGUCUGUUAGUUUGGAAGCCCCAGAAAGGAGGGGCACAGAGGACCCAGGUGCUCAUGAGCUUGCAUCCUCCGAUUCUGACGAGCAUUUCUCCGAUGCUCAGACCUCUCCUGGGAAUAGUCCUGGAUCUGCCUCUCCAGUACCGCGGACGCGAGUCGAGAAAGUAGACGAUGAGCCAUCUUACGGUGAAGUCCCUGGCACAGAAGCUUACAAGAAGCGCACAGAGGAUGCCGAACCGGAUGAGAUUGCUAUCCUCAAUGAGACAAAGUCGCAGUCUGUCUCUCCGGAUAGGCCCGUGACGCCUGGAGGUCAUCCGAUUCCGAAGACCGUAGUCGAGGAAUCAGAAGACGCUCCUGGCUCAACGGCUCACCGCUACCACGAGACUCUUCACCAAGCGGACGCGGAACCCGACUUUAUUCGCAAAGCCGACGGUACUGGCGAGGCAAAUCCGAUUCCCUCCUCGCUUGACACCAGCAAAGAAGCAACUGAUGACGCGACUAUGACUCCAUCACUGAAGUCACCAAUAAAACAUCGACGGAGGAAAUCAUCCGCAGCAAAAUCAACGGGGAGUUUUGGUGGCCAAGAAACCGUUGAUAAUGAUGACGAUGAUGACUUUGGCGACGAUUUUGACGAUUUUGAAGAGGGUGAUGAAGAUGCUGAUUUUGGCGACUUCGAUGAUGGCUUUCAAGCAGCCGAGGACGAAGUUGCGGCUAGUAUGCCAGCUCUUCAGCCUCAGGUCUCAAUACCCUCAUUUCCAAUAUUAGAUCUAGACGGCCUUGAUUCAGAGGAUAUCUUAACAGCGACAGAGCCGUAUCUAGACGCCCUAUUCUCUCCUGACAUACAAGAAAUCCCAGAACUACCGUCGCCCCCAAAAGACAACCCCAUCUUCUUCAACCCUAGAAGCGCCUCGCUCUGGUCACAACUUGCGGCACCCCCACCUCUCCAACCUCCCGACUGGAUCCGAUCUCGGAUAAGACGUCUAUUUCUAGUAUCACUUGGUGUACCGGUAGAUUUAGAUGAGAUAUUACCGGCGUCCAAGCAAAAGAAGCUUGUACUCCCAUCCCUCCACCGUGUCACCUCAAACGGCUCCCUACGUACAUCAUCAGACUCUCGAUCAGUCUCUAGACUAAGAAAACCAGACGGCGAUAAUAAUUCUUCGGUGUCUGUAGACUCUCAAGGCAAGGAGAAGCCAAGAUCGGCUUCGAAACGGCAGAGGGGCCCGCCCGAACCACCUGAGCUCGAUCUUGUCUCCGCGAGGCAACUCUGCGCGACGACGGACGAGGCUUUAGGGGGGAUGACGGACCAGGAAAUCCAGCAGCAUGUGAAGAAGCUGCAGGACAUGGAGGUGUUAGCGAAGGAGGUGCUUGAGUAUUGGAAGAAGCGCACGGACGAGAAGAUCGGGGAUAGGGAGGCGUUCGAGGGUGUCAUAGAAAACCUGGUGAAGCAUGCGCGCAAAACUAGGAAAUGAGAAGCUAAAUAAUAUAAUAGUUAUACUGGUUUCUCGAUAUUUAGGUGUUUGGAUACCGUGAUCUGUUAUACCUAAGGUGCUGCAACUAAUAAGGAAAUUUCUGCUGG